AUGACCGCCAGAGCUCGACGACCUCAAAAAAAUCCCGGCCGCCCGCCCCUGACGAUCAAGACAGAAUCGGAGGAUGCGAAUGGAAACGGCCAUCUAAACGGCAACGGCAACGGCAAAAUGAGUAGCGGAGUUGAGAUGCGCCGUAAGGCUGCUAAUCUAGACGCCGAUAAUGUCGCUGCGAAUUUCAUCAAAAGCGAGUCCUUCUCUCUCGACGAUCCUAUUCCAAAAACUCCCGUUCUGAACAACCAUGGCUUUAUGGACCUUCCUCGACAAGACCAGAAGAACUUUCUUCUUCUGGUUCUUCUAUACUUCUUACAGGGAAUCCCUAUGGGUUUAGCGACUGGCUCUGUACCUUUCUUGCUGAAAAACCACAUGUCAUACAGCGAGAUUGGUGUCUUUAGUUUGGCCUCGUAUCCUUACUCUCUGAAGCUUUUCUGGAGUCCUUUUGUGGACGCAGUUUGGAGCCCCAAGAUUGGUCGACGCAAGACGUGGAUCGUCCCUAUCCAGUUUCUCUCCGGUUUUGGUAUGUUAUACCUGGGAUCGCACGUCGAGCAAAUGAUGGACACCGCUGGUAAGCCGGGCGGCAUGACGGCGUUUUCUUUCAUGCUUUGGUGGUUUUUCCUGGUCCUUAUGUGCGCCACUCAAGAUAUCGCCGUGGAUGGCUGGGCACUCACCCUCCUAUCACCUGGCAACGUAUCGUAUGCUUCGACCGCGCAGACCGUUGGUCUUACAGCUGGCCACUUCAUGUCAUACACCGUUUUCCUCGCCUUCAACGCUGCUGAUUUCGCCAACAAAUGGUUCCGAGCAGUUCCUUCAGAUGAUGGUCUUCUUUCACUCGGAGGAUACCUCAAGUUCUGGGGUUGGUCAUACAUCAUUGUGACGAUUGGACUUGGUUUUUUGAAGAAGGAGGACAAGUCGCAGAACGAAGAUGGUGUUUGGGAUGUCUAUCGUAUCAUGUGGGGCAUCCUCAAACUUAAGAACGUCCAGACUAUCAUCAUUGUGCAUCUCAUCGCCAAGAUUGGCUUCCAGGCUAACGACGGUGUCACCAACUUGAAGCUCUUGGAUAAGGGCUUUGGCAAGGACAACAUGGCUCUGACAGUUCUGAUCGAUUUCCCUUUCGAAAUUGGCCUGGGCUACUACGCGGGAAUGUGGUCGCAAAAGUACACACCCAUGCGUCUCUGGUGCUGGGGCUUUGCCGGCAGACUUGUCGCUGCUUUGUUCGGUCAAUUCGUUGUCGCCAUUUUCCCAGAUGAAGGAGUUACAUCUUGGUAUCUGUUGGUGGUUAUCGGCGAGCACCUUUUCUCCACAUUCACAAACACCAUCAUGUUUGUUGCCGUCUCGGCUUUCCAUGCUCGAGUAUCGGACCCGGUUAUUGGCGGUACCUACAUGACACUCCUUGCAACUGUCUGCAAUUUGGGUGGUACAUUCCCCAGAUAUUUCGUGCUUCAGCUUGUCGACAGCUUCACCGUAGCCACAUGCCAACCCGGCAAGUCAGACGCCUCAUCCCUGAAGGGCACCCUUAUCACAGAGGCAUUCUCUUGCUCACUGCAGGCAGAGAAGGAGAGAUGUGAAGCUGGUGGCGGAACUUGCCAGAUGAUCCAUGAUGGAUACUACACAGUCAACAUUCUGUGCGUUUUGUUCGGCGCCGCGACGUUCUUCUGGUACAUCAAGCCAAAGGUGCUCCAUCUCCAGAGUCUGCCGCUGCGUGCUUGGAGACUCACGCCUGGAGACGAGAACAAGCGAUGA